GGUGUAAGUGUGACAGAGAGAGAAAGGAAAGAGAGUGAAACCAGAAAAGGAGCUUCUUCUUCCUUCCCACAACAACAACAACAACAAAAAACCCUAACUCAGUGCAUUGUUAGAAUUCUGGGCCAUUACAGGUGAGCUCUUUCUUUUGGUUCACCAGGAGAUGUUGCUCUCAGAUCCAGACACAGUAAAAUUUUGCUCUUGGUGUUGGGGGUUUUGAAUAGGAGAGGCGGGGUGAAGGGAAGAAGAAAGAGGUGGGCUUGUGUGGUCUGGUGCUAGAAUUUUGCUUGGAGGUUGAAGUCUUGAUUCUAUAGUUUGAAGUGUUUUGUCUAUUUUUUUGGGGAUUAUUUAUUUAUUUUUAUUUGGUUCUGCUGGUAUUUGGGAAGUGUAUUUUCUGGUUUAAAUGGAAAGGGGUUUAAAUUGGUUCCUGAAGUUGAAUGUUGAGGGAGUAUUUACAGACAUGAUUCUACUUUAGGUUUUAGUAUUAGGAUUUUCCUUUGCCCUUAGAUUUGUUCCUUUGUUUGAUGGUGAUGGAGAAUUGAACAUUGUAAUUUGGGGAAAAUGUUUUCCACGGUAUAGAUAGAAUGUUCUGUUUCACUUUGAGGAAGUUCGUGUGUUCUUUGUCUGAAAGUUGGUAGUAUUAAAGAAGUGCUUUAGGUUUCUUUUUUUCUUUAAAAAUUUGAUUCGGUUACUAGUGGCGAUUUGCACUGGAGUGGUUGGGGAUACCGGGAGGCGUCACUAUGUCGUCCUUGAGUAGAGAACUGGUUUUCUUAAUACUGCAGUUCUUGGAUGAGGAGAAGUUCAAGGAGACUGUACAUAAGUUGGAGCAAGAAUCUGGCUUUUUCUUCAAUAUGAAGUACUUUGAGGAUCAAGUCCAAGCAGGUGAAUGGGAGGAAGUUGAGCGUUAUUUAAGUGGUUUCACAAAGGUUGAGGACAACCGGUAUUCUAUGAAAAUUUUCUUUGAGAUUAGAAAGCAGAAAUAUCUUGAAGCUCUUGACAGACAAGAUCGGGCUAAAGCUGUUGAUAUUCUUGUUAAAGAUCUUAAGGUGUUUGCGUCUUUUAAUGAAGAUCUUUUUAAAGAAAUCACCCAGCUUUUGACUCUUGACAAUUUUAGGCAGAAUGAGCAGCUCUCCAAGUAUGGGGACACAAAGUCAGCGCGGAACAUUAUGCUGGUUGAACUUAAAAAGCUUAUAGAGGCGAAUCCAUUGUUUCGCGACAAGCUCACAUUUCCUGCUUUUAAGGCUUCAAGAUUGAGAACACUCAUCAACCAAAGUCUUAACUGGCAGCAUCAGCUUUGCAAGAAUCCACGACCGAACCCAGAUAUCAAAACACUCUUUACUGAUCAUACUUGUGCGUCGAGUAAUGGCACACGUGCGCCCCCUCCUACUAACACCCCUCUUGCUGGACCUGUUCCUAAACCUGGCGUUUUUCCUCCCCUUGGUGGCCAUGGUCCUUUCCAGCCAGUUGUUUCUCCUCCUCCAAGUGCUAUUGCAGGUUGGAUGUCAACUGCUAACCCUUCUAUACCUCAUGCUGCUGUUGCUGCAGCUCCUCCUGGCCUUGUCCAGGCACCAAGUUCUGCUGCUUUUUUGAAACAUCCCAGGACUCCUCCAGGUGGUCCUGGAAUGGAUUAUCAGACUGCUGAUUCAGAGCACUUGAUGAAGCGUCUUCGUACUGGACAGCCUGAUGAGGUGUCGUUUUCUGGUUCUACUCAUCAGGCUAACAUCUAUUCACCAGAUGACCUUCCCAAAACCGUUGUACGAAACCUUAGUCAAGGAUCUAAUGUUAUGAGCAUGGACUUCCAUCCACAACAACAGACUGUUCUUCUAGUUGGAACAAACGUUGGGGAUAUCAGCAUAUGGGAAGUAGGUUCACGAGAAAGGCUAGCACUUAAAACCUUUAAGGUCUGGGACAUAUCAUCUUGUUCCAUGCCGUUUCAAACAACUUUGGUUAAAGAUGCCACCAUAUCUGUUAAUAGAUGUGUAUGGGGCCCAGAUGGAUCUAUACUUGGGGUUGCUUUUUCCAAGCACAUUGUUCAGAUAUAUACAUACAGCCCAGCUGGAGAAUUAAGACAACACUUAGAAAUUGAUGCGCAUGUUGGUGGCGUGAAUGAUAUUGCCUUCGCUCAUCCUAAUAAGCAGCUCUGCAUAGUCACAUGUGGGGACGACAAGACAAUUAAGGUAUGGGAUGCUGUUGCUGGUCGCAGACAGUAUACUUUUGAAGGUCAUGAAGCUCCUGUGUAUUCUGUAUGUCCUCACUAUAAAGAGAAUAUUCAGUUUAUUUUCUCUACUGCAAUUGAUGGGAAAAUAAAAGCAUGGCUUUAUGAUUCCUUGGGAUCAAGAGUAGAUUAUGAUGCCCCUGGACUUUGGUGCACUACAAUGGCAUACAGUGCUGAUGGAACCAGACUCUUCUCUUGUGGAACCAGCAAAGAAGGUGAAUCUCACCUGGUUGAGUGGAAUGAGAGUGAAGGAGCCAUUAAAAGGACGUAUUCUGGUUUCCGGAAGCGUUCUUUGGGUGUUGUGCAGUUUGACACAACAAGGAACCGUUUCUUAGCUGCAGGCGACGAGUUUCAAAUAAAAUUCUGGGACAUGGAUAAUACCAAUAUGCUUACUUAUACCGACGGUGAUGGUGGCCUGCCUGCAAGUCCUAGAUUAAGAUUUAAUAAAGAAGGUUCUCUGCUGGCUGUUACAACUAGUGACAAUGGAAUUAAGAUUUUGGCAAAUGCUGACGGGCAGCGAAUGCUGAGAAUGUUGGAGACCAGAGCAUUUGAUGGGUCUCGUGGUCUUUCUGAAGCUGUCAAUGUCAAACCUGCUAUUGGUGGUGCACUAGGUCCCAUCGGUAAUGUUUCUGCCUCAGUUUCCCCCAUCCUUGAUCGUACUGACAGAGUCCAGCAGCCAAUGUCUCUUCUGGCUAGCAUGGAAAGCAGCAGGGUUGCUGAUGUCAAACCAAGGAUUCUUGACAACACUGACAAAAUUAAGAGCUGGAAGUUUCCUGACAUAUCUGACUCAUCUCAACUUAAGACUCUAAAGUUACCUGACCCUCUGACACCUAGUAAAGUGGUACGGUUGUUAUACACAAACUCUGGCCUAGCUCUGCUGGCACUGGCCUCCAAUGCUGUUCAUAAGCUGUGGAAAUGGCAGCGCAGUGAACGCAAUCCAUCUGGAAGGUCUUCUGCCUCGAGCGUGCCACAGUUGUGGCAGCCUAAUAAUGGGGCUCUCAUGUCCAAUGACUUGAGUGAUGCCAAACCAACCGAAGAUUCUGUUGCAUGUAUUGCCUUGUCUAAAAAUGAUUCUUAUGUCAUGUCUGCUUCAGGGGGAAAGGUCUCAUUGUUCAACAUGAUGACCUUUAAGGUAAUGACAACUUUCAUGCCGCCACCUCCUGCAGCAACUUAUCUGGCAUUUCAUCCUCAGGAUAACAAUAUAAUUGCAAUUGGAAUGGAAGACUCCACAAUUCAAAUUUAUAAUGUCAGGGUUGACGAGGUUAAAACCAAGCUCAAGGGUCACCAGAAACGAAUCUCUGGUCUUGCAUUUUCUCAGAGUUUGAACAUUUUGGUGUCAUCUGCAGCUGAUGCACAGCUGUGUAUCUGGAACAUUGAUGGAUGGGAGAAGAAGAAAUCACGGCCCAUACAGGCACCUCCUGGUCACUCAACUCCUCUGGUUGGAGAAACUAGAGUUCAGUUCCAUAACAAUCAAUUGCAUUUACUGGUUGUUCAUGAAAGUCAAAUUGCAAUUUAUGAUGCUCAACUUGAAUGUCUGCGUUCGUGGUAUCCGAGGGAUUCACUUUCUGCUGCUAUUUCAAGUGCUAUAUACUCAUGUGAUGGCCUGUUGAUUUUCACUGGAUUUUGUGAUGGUGCUGUUGGAAUCUUUGAUUCGGAUAGUUUGGGCCUCCGAUGUCGUAUAGCACCCUCUGCUUAUGUACCUUCAUCAAUUUCCAGCAACGGCAACGCCUUCCCUGUGGUUAUUGCAGCACAUCCAUCAGAUCCCAAUCAAUUUGCACUUGGCAUGAGCGAUGGUGCAGUUCACGUAAUUGAGCCAUCAGAUGCAGAAACGAAAUGGGGUGGAUCAACCUCUCAAGACAACGGCGCCUUACCUUCCAUUCCUUCCAGUUCUGCGUUGAAUAGUCAGCCAUCCGAAACCCCAUCUAGGUGAAAAGGUCUGAAAUGAUACAAGACAGUUCUUUCUUUGUUUUUGGCCUAUUACUGUAAAGUUAUCUCUUCUUCUCCAUCUCCUGUAUUCUUCCUAAAGUAAAUUGAGAAGGAUAGUUUUAAUUUGCUGGUUAACCACGUAUCCGGGUACCAACCCGUCAUCCUUGCAUAUUUCAUUGCUUCA